CAAGCAGAACACGGAUAAUCCCACACUCUGUCAUUCGCAAACAUGAGAUUUGUGGUCUGUUUUCUUUCUCUGCUCACUGUGUUCAGCGCUGGACAAUGUGGGAAUAUAUUAGUCUGGUAUACUGAGGGCAGCCACUGGAUUAAUCUGAAGAUUGUGUUGGACACUUUAUUGGACAGGGGACACAAUGUUACAGUGUUGGUUCCUGAUGGCGCGCUCUUUAUGAAAGCCAACGAAUCGGAUCGCUUCUCCUACCAGCACUUCAGUGUGUCCACAUCUGCACAGGACAUGCAAGAUUUCUUUGAUGAACUUUUACAUUUCUCAGUGUUUGAGAUGGAGAAGUCAAACUUGCUUGAGAUUCAAAUGAAAUUCUUCGAGCUUGGUUCCAAACAUCAAGAUGUGAGUUUGUCAUACUGUGACGGCAUUCUGAAAUCUCCGGAGUUGAUGGACAAAUUGAAGAAAGGAAAGUUUGACGUCCUCCUGUCAGAUCCAAUGUACCCGUGUAGUGAUAUCGUGGCUGAAGAGCUGAAUGUUCCCUUAGUUUACACGUUCAGAUUCUCCGUUGCUCAUGCAGCAGAGCGCAUGUGUGGUCAGAUACCAGCUCCUCCAUCAUAUGUUCCUGGAGCCAUGAGUAAACUCACAGACAAGAUGAGCUUUACUGAGCGAAUCUUCAAUAUGCUCUUCUACCUUUCUCAAGACACUUUAUCUAGACAAAUAUGGAAAAGAUUUGAUAACUAUUACACUGAAUAUUUUGGCAGCCACUGGAUUAAUCUGAAGAUUGUAUUGGAAACAUUGAUUGACAGGGGACACGAUGUUACAGUGCUGGUUCCCGAUGCUUCUCUCUUCAUGAAAGCCAAAGAAUCGGAUCGCUUCUCCUACCAGCCCUUUAACGUGUCUAUGGAUGAACAGGAGAUGAAAGUCUUCAUUGAGGAGUUUUUGUAUUUUUCACUGUAUGAAAUGGACCAGCUGAACUUUCUCCAGAUGCAAUCAAAAGUCUACGAGUUCACCUCCAAACUUCAGGAUAUGUCUAUUUCAUACUGUGACGGUGUGCUGAAAGCUCCAGGGUUGCUGGAUAAAUUGAAGAAAGACAAGUUUGAUGUUGUUUUUUCUGAUCCGAUUUAUCCAUGCGGUGAUAUUGUGGCUGAAGAGCUGAACGUUCCCUUGGUUUACACUUUCCGGUUUUCCCUUGCUCAUGCAGCAGAGCGCAUGUGUGGUCAGAUACCAGCUCCACCAUCAUAUGUUCCUGGAGCCAUGAGUAAACUCACAGACAAGAUGAGCUUUUCCGAGCGAAUCUUCAAUAUGUUAUUCUAUCUGUCUCAAGACGCCUUUGCUAUUUUUGCCUGGAAAAAAAUUGACAACUACUACACUGAAUAUUUUGGACGACCCACUUCCUAUUGUGAGAUGAUGGGUAAAGCUGAUAUCUGGUUAAUCAGAACCUACUGGGAUUUUGAGUUUCCAAGGCCAUUUGUACCCAACUUUAAAUAUAUCGGAGGGCUUCACUGCACCCCUGCCAAGCCAUUACCCAAGGACAUGGAGGAGUUUGUGCAGAGCUCAGGGGAUGAUGGGAUUGUGGUCUUCACACUGGGGUCUUUGGUAGGCAAAGUACCCAAAGAGAUCAGCAACAGAAUCGCCUCUGCACUGGCACAGAUACCACAGAAGGUCUUGUGGCGAUACGGUGGAGAGAAACCAGAUACUCUUGGUGAAAACACUAGAAUCUAUAAGUGGAUCCCUCAGAAUGAUUUAUUGGGUCACCCCAAAACCAGAGCGUUUAUCACUCACGGAGGCACUAAUGGCAUAUAUGAGGCCAUAUAUCAUGGUGUCCCGAUGGUCGGGAUCCCCUUGUUUGGUGACCAGCCUGAUAAUUUGGUUCAUAUGACCACCAGAGGUGCUGCUGUUGUAGUAGACAGCAUCAAGAGCAUGCAGCCACAAGAACUGGUGGACAAAAUCAAUACAGUCAUUAAUGACCCUUCGUAUAAAGAGAACGCAAUGCGUUUGUCCAGGAUUCAUCAUGACAGACCAAUGAAGCCUUUAGAUGAGUCUGUGUUCUGGAUUGAGUUCGUCAUGCGCAAUAAAGGUGCAAAACACCUGCGUGUGGAGGCCCACAACCUGACCUGGUAUCAGUACCACUGUCUGGAUGUGUUCGCUUUUCUGACCACUGUCCUUACUCUAGUCCUCUACAUCUGCUUUAAAAUGGCCAAAUUCUUCAUCAUGCGCUGCUGCUUUAGAUCAAAGAGGAAAAGCAAAAAAGAGUGAUUAAAGUCAGAGAGAAUUCUUUUUUGUGGCACUGAAAUUUGCACUUUCCUAUGAACUCAACUCGAAUUUAUCUCUCAUUAGGGUGUUCUUCAGCACCACAUACUUUGGUUGAACUCUUAUCUUACAAUAUUAAUUAAAAUACAGCCAUUUUAAAUCUUAGUUGUUCAUUGUUGCUGUCGCCUUGAGUUUGAUUAAAUCUUAAAGCACAACUUUAACUGUUUUGAAAAUAUCAGUGAUAUGAGAAGUGCUACUAUAGCAAUAUAUAUAUUUAAUAUAAUCAACUUUUUCUCAUAAAUAAAACAAUUAAUAGACUUUUAUGCAGAUACAUUGCUGUAUUUUUUGUACUGUGUUCUUCCUUCAAAUGUGUGAUCAUUCUAAUGUUGUUUGGACGAGCUUGUUUUCCUUCACUGGUUAAACCUCUGCUAAAUAACCAAUGAUGUAAUGAAAAUAUUCAUAUGUGAAAAUAUUCAAGUGUGAAAUAUUAAAAGUUAGUA